AUGUUAAUCAAACGUAAGCGUGAAGAAUUCAAGCAGCAGUUUGAUGUUUACAUUGGUCAAAAGGUAAAAAGUAUUCUUGAUGAUAUGAUCCGAAACGCUUCCAAUUGGUGGAAACGACUUAGAAUGGAAACAAGUGAGUAUCUGAAAAAAAAAGACAUCAUGACAUUAGUCGAAGAGCUCAAACGAAAUGCUUUAAAACAAUACCUCAUGAAAACGGAGGACUUAUGUUUAGCUGGUAUUCAACGUGUGAAUACAUCAAUUACAGCAAAAGAUUUACAUGUACAAAAGUUAAAAGAAUUGCUUGAAACUUCUAAGGACUAUAUUGGCCAUGAAUCUCAUCAUUUUUCGUUACUAUCAUCUCUAAUUCAUAGAAUUCAUAUCAUACUUGAAUGUUUUCGAUUGCAAUUACCUUUAUUCGAUUCAUCAGUUGAUCUAUUGGAAAAAAUCAAUCAAAACACGGUCGUUGCCAUAUCGACUGCAACGGGAUCGGGUAAAUCAAGUCUCUUGCCAUCAUUGCUCGCUGCUGAUGGCUACGAGAAAAUAUUAGUGACGCAGCCACAUCGCUUACCGUGCAAUCUCUUAUCCGAACGUGUCAACACGAGUAUGAAAAGUUCAACGUUAAGUGGUUGGGCAGUGUCAGGAGCACGUUCAAGCAAUUUUUCGAAUGCACCAAUACUCUAUUUGACUGAUGGAUUACUUAAAGAAUACUUAUUACAUCGUGAACGAUAUCUAAUCCAUCAAUUGAAAACUAGCAAACGUGGACUUGUAUUUUUUAUCGAUGAAGUUCAUGAACGUUCAAUUAAUAUUGAUUUGUGCCUUGCAUUUUUAGCUCGAUUUCUCGAAAAGAAUCCUCAUUUACAUUCGAAACUGAAAAUCAUAAUAUCAUCAGCCACUCUUAAUCCAUGUAUAGCACAACUCUUCUUUGAAUUCAAAUUCCAUGAAAUACAAAUAAAAACGUCGACUCUGAAUCGUAUCAACGAAAACUCGUAUUGUAGUGAGAAUCUAAUUGAUUUAGUUGCUCGAUUGCAUCAACAAAUCGAGAGAGAAGAACAAAUACUAUGUUUUGUUAAAUCAAAUACCGAAGUCACACAAUCUAUAAAGUUAUUGAAACUAUUGAAAGGAUUAUCAGCUUUUCCAUUGAUUCAAUCACAAUCAUCGAUGGAACAACAGCAACUCAUUAAAACGAAACAAAUCUUCUUUUCGACGACGGUAGCCGAAACAUCUCUAACUUUUCCCUCGCUUAAAUAUGUAAUAGACACUGGUCUCAUUCAUAUUCCUGUAUAUGAUCCAUUGACAGAUUCAACUGAGCUACGUGAGAUGAAUGCGGCUGAAUCAACUAUAAAGCAACGUCAGGGACGAUUGGGUCGAACGCGACCUGGUGAAUACUAUCCAUUAUACACCUUUGAUCCUAAGAACAAAAAAUUUCCUGAACCACAGAUAUGUCAAACAGAAUUAAGCAAUAUUGAAUUCUCACUUCGUCGAUUGCCAUUGAAAUGUGGACUCAAUGAUCUCAAGAAAUGGCUACCUAAUGCACCGAGUGAACAAGCUAUUGAUACAGCCAUAAAACGAUUACAUCAACUUGAUAUUCUUGAUUUGAAAAGAGAUUUCACGUCAAUUGGCCUCUCUAUUUCUAAAUUACCUGAUUUUGGUAGCGUUGAAAUGAGUCGAGCAGUUUUAGCGGCACUGAAAGACUAUAAAUGUGGUCGAGAUGUUCUACGGCUAGCAGCUAUCCUCGGUGUACUCAAUACCUCUUCUAUUCUACGUAAUCUUCCCCGUAAAUAUAAGAAAGUUGAGGGUGACUUUAUGACAUUACUUAAUGUGAUGGAUACUAUUCUUGCUAAAAAGCUAGUUCAACCGCCAUGUACGUUUAACGUCGACAAUGUAUGUCAAGAGACUGGCUUAUCAUUCAUGAAACAUUACAUCAAACGUGCCAUCUUAAGAUAUUCGUUAUUUGAAAAGUUUUUUCGUUCACCAAAUGAGUAUUGUACAGCAGCUCAGUGUUCUUCCAAUGGAUAUUGGGAACCGGUUGCUCGUGCGCUUCUUAAUGGGUAUUCAAACAAUGUUUAUCUAUCAGCUGCAGAGAUCCAAGGUAGAAAACAUCGGUUCAUUUGUUAUACUGCUGCAGGCAUAACAGAAAAACAGAAAACAGCGGUUCUCGACUCUACAUCGACACUUGCACGUAAGCUAAGUGCUAAUCCGGUUGCAUUAAUACUUGCACGUGAUAUUCGUAUCUCAUCGGAUAUUCGAGCUCGAUCGAUCCUUUCGUUUCUUGGUGAAAUACAAUCUGACUGGCUCGAUAGGGCUCUCGAACGUAAUAUUCCAAUGAGUGAAACAGAGAUAAAACUAUUUAAUGACAACAUCAAAGAAAGCCAAGACUUUUUGCUGGCAUCCAAUGGUGUCAACUGUGAACUGCAUGACGACCAAUUAACUUUAGCGGGAUCAGCUGGUCGUGUAUUAACAACGGAACUAUGUGUUCGACAAAAACUUGUAGUGAAGAAUGAAAUACCAUUGAUACCAGUCAACGAAACUGAUACUGGUUUGAAACGAAAAGUUGAAGAUCUUACUGAAGAACUGCACAUUUUUCGGCCGAUGGGAUGGCGUUGGAGAGCUCAGAAACAAGUGAAGAUAAUAUUUCUCAAAGAAAAAGAUCAAUGCAAGAUUGUCAUCAAGGCUCGUGAAAAGAAUUACAAAAAAGUACA